CCCUCUCUUCGCCACACUUGAUUAGGAAUUUGGGGGCGGGCCCUGGCCUGGCACAGACCCGCACACUCUCAGUGCCGCACCUCUCCCUUCCUCUCUCUCACACGUUCGGGUCUUUCUCCAGCCCCAGGAGGCCAGAGCGGGGGACGUGGUCACUCUCUGGAAGCUCCAGCCCGAGGCCGACCAUGCAGUGGGCGGGACUCGUGCUGCUGGCCGGGCUCUGCUGCCUGGCCCAGGCUCAGUACGAGGAGGACUCGCACUGGUGGUUCCAGUACCUCCGCAGCCAGCAGUCGGCCUACGACGACCCCUACGACCCCUACCCCUACGAGCCCGCCGAGCCCUACCCCUACCCCUACGGAGUGGACGAGGGCGGCCCGGCCUACUUCUACGGCUCCCCGUCCCCCCCGGAGCCCCGCGACUGCCCCCAAGAGUGCGACUGCCCCCCCAACUUCCCCACGGCCAUGUACUGUGACAACCGCAACCUCAAGUACCUGCCCUUCGUGCCCUCCCGCAUGAAGUACGUCUACUUCCAGAACAACCAGAUCGCCGCCAUCCAGGAGGGCGUCUUCGACAACGCCACGGGCCUCCUGUGGGUGGCCCUCCACGGGAACCAGAUCUCCAGCGACAAGGUGGGCAGGAGGGUCUUCUCCAAGCUGAGGCAGCUGGAGCGCCUGUACCUGGACCACAACAACCUGACGCGCAUGCCCGGGCCCCUGCCCCGCUCCCUGCGCGAGCUCCACCUCGACCACAACCAGAUCUCCAGGGUCCCCAACAACGCCCUGGAGGGGCUGGAGAACCUCACCGCCUUGUACCUGCAGCACAACGAGAUCCAGGAGGUGGGCAGCUCCAUGCGGGGCCUCCGCUCCCUCAUCCUGCUGGACCUCAGCUACAACCACCUCCGCAGGGUGCCCGACGGGCUCCCCUCCGCCCUGGAGCAGCUGUACCUGGAGCACAACAACGUCUACACCAUGCCCGACAGCUACUUCCGGGGGUCGCCCAAGCUGCUGUACGUGCGGCUGUCCCACAACAGUCUCACCAACAGCGGCCUGGCCACCAACACCUUCAACUCCAGCAGUCUCCUGGAGCUCGACCUGUCCUACAACCAGCUGCAGAAGAUCCCGCCCGUCAACACCAACCUGGAGAACCUGUACCUCCAGGGCAACAGGAUCAACGAGUUCUCCAUCAGCAGCUUCUGCACCGUGGUGGACGUGAUGAACUUCUCCAAGCUGCAGGUGCUGCGCCUGGACGGCAACGAGAUCCAGCGCAGCGCCAUGCCGGUGGACGCGCCCCUCUGCCUGCGCCUGGCCAGCCUCAUCGAGAUCUGAGCCCCCGGCCCGGGGCCCCGGCCCCCGCACCCGCCGCAUUCAGCUUGCUGGUUUGGCUUUUGCUGGGAGGGCUGGGACAGUCCCGCGACAGCGAUCCUCCCUGGGCUCCCGCAGCCUCUGCCCUGUAGGAGGAAGUAGGUGGGGUCAGGGGCUGGGCAGGUUUCUGCUGAGCGGGUGGGCACACGUGGCCUGCUCCCCAGUGAUGAGAGGGGGAGCGGGUGGAAUUAUCCCGAGUCCUGGCCCCGGAAUCUCACGAUUAUUGAGUUCUCUUGGAGGAAUUAAAGGCAUGGCAGU